GUGGAAGAUUGACCAGCUGGUGUCAGCGGCUCUGUCUCUUUCUGCCGCAAGUAGUCAGGAAACAUCAGCACAAAGGGCAUAGAGUGAAACCCUUCAGAUAGAGAAAAGUUCUACGCCAGCGCUCGCCUCGAACCUCUCAUGACCUCAUGCUGUUAACAAGCUCUUUCUUAACUGGGUGGAUUAUUUGUGAGCGACGGGCGCCUAACGGUGACGGGACAGGGCAGGAUGUCACGACGGGACCAGAGGUUUCGCAGAGGAAUGAAGGGACGGUGCUGUGAAUGCAGCUGCAUCCUGUCUCGCUGGUACUAUGAACGGGAGGGACAGCUCUACUGCAAGAAGCACUACUGGGCCCGUUAUGGGGAGCACUGCCACGGCUGCAGGGACACCAUCGCUACAGGACUUGUUAUGGUUGCCGGAGAGCAGAAGUAUCACCCCGAGUGCUUCACUUGUACGAGCUGUGACAUGGUCAUUGGAGAUGGAGACACCUACACGCUUGUGGAACGCUCCAAACUCUACUGUGGUCACUGUUUCCAUCAGGGCGUAGUAUCAGCUGUGACGUCUGCUUCUUCGCUCACCGAGAGCACUCACAUGGUGACUCUGGUUUCCCUUCCUCCCCACACGGGCGGCCGAAGGGGCCUGACUGUCGCCACCGAUGUCAGCCAAGAAAUAAACCCUCUGGUUACUGUGACUGAGUUAGACCCUAAUGUCCUCAGCUCUGACCUGCUGUCCUCAGUACAUACUGGUGACCACAUAAUUGAGGUCAAUGGCAUCCCUGUUCGCAACAUCUCCCCAGAUGAGAUAAUCCAUGUGAUCCGGGACACCAGCAAACCACUGCAGCUGACCAUUGAGCACAACCCCCUCUCCUCUGACAACCUUCAUUCAAACAACCCCGAAGGCAACAUCAAAUGUCUUGACCCCCGCGCAUGUGAUAAACUGGCUUCAACCCGAAAGCUCCCAAGUCUGGAGGAAGAGCCAAGUCCAGGAGAUCACAUGAGCCUCUCACCUCCUCAGCACCAAAGUACCCCUGGAAUGCGAUCCAGGCCUAUUCUGCGCAGCUGCAGCAUAGACAAGUGUCCUCUGUCCCCUGGUACACAGUCGCCUUUAUCUCAAAAGAGAGACAUGGUUCGUUCAGAGUCUCUUCGCGUGGACCCUGGAGAUCGGACCCACCGCAUCUUCAGACCUUCAGAUCUUAUACAUGGAGAGGUGCUUGGCAAGGGUUCUUUUGGACAGGCUGUCAAGGUGACGCAUAAGGAAACGGGGGAGGUGAUGGUGAUGAAAGAGCUGAUAAGUUUUGAUGAAGAGACUCAGAAGACAUUCCUAAAGGAGGUGAAGGUGAUGCGCUGCUUGGACCACCCUAAUGUUCUCAAGUUCAUUGGACUCUUCUAUAAAGACAAACGAAUAAACUUUGUCUCUGAAUACAUCCAGGGAGGAACUCUCAGAGAGACCAUUGUAAAAAUGGAGAAAGACUUUCCCUGGAGUAUAAGAGUGAGUUAUGCUAAAGACAUUGCAGCUGGAAUGGCCUAUCUGCACUCCAUGAAUGUCAUUCACAGAGACCUAAAUUCACACAACUGUCUAGUGCGAGAGAACCAGUCUGUGGUAGUGGCAGAUUUUGGAUUAGCCAGGCUAGUAAUGGAGGAGAGGAAUCAGAGCAGAACAUCUUCUUUGGAUCGACCUGCUAAGGGGACGGUAGCAGAGCUUCGUAAACCUGACAGAAGAAAGCGGUAUACUGUGGUGGGAAACCCCUACUGGAUGGCCCCAGAAAUGAUCCACGGAAGAACCUAUGACGAACGGGUCGACAUCUUUUCCUUUGGUAUAAUGAUAUGUGAGAUAAUAGGCAGAGUCAACGCUGACCCCGACUAUCUUCCCCGCACAAAUGACUUUGGGUUGAGUGUAGUUGGUUUCCUGCAGAAGUACCACCCAACAUCGUGUCCUUUGCCUUUCCUGCCGCUGGCAGUCCUCUGCUGUGAAAUGGACGCUGAUAAAAGACCUGCCUUUUCAAAGCUGGCGGAGUGGCUGGAGAAUUUGCAGAUGCACCUGGACAUUGGCCUUCCUCUGCUUUCUGAAAUAGAGCAGCUUUGCAGAGACUUCUGGACAAAUUACAACAACCAAAGUCGCUCUGACAAGCAGGACAAUACCUCUCUGAAUCUCACCACUUGUUUACAGCAAGAAGGAGAAAGGCUUGACCACAAACAAUACUGUGACAAUACAGGAAACCACAAAGAGCCUAACCACCUUUCUUUGAGCCAAGAUCAAAAUAGUGCACCUGAUAGAUAUUUGGACGGACAACAACAUACACAUUGUGAUAUAGAGUCUGAGCAAAACCACUCCAAUCUCAGUGAAGAAUUUAAGAACCACUCACAAGACAAGAGUCUGUACAGCCGGUCCACAAAUGCAGACUUCAGCAAGAAUGGCUCUGGAACCUAUGAACACAAUAUUUCCUUAGGACACGAGCCAUCGCAACCUCUGCAGGUCAACACCAUGGUGCUAGGCCAGUGCAACAGGCCCAGAAGCACAAGCAGGGCACAGUGGAACAAAUCUCCAGAUGACGGCUCUGUACUAUGACUAACACACCUGUAAAGCAUUGUUCUGAAGGAGAAAAGACUUUACUCGGACAGAACUGGAACCGUUAUAAAACUAUAUGUGAAGGAAAAAUGUGUGGUCAAUAUGCAGAAAUUGAACUAGUGAAUAUAGAAACAUACAGGAGAGUUUACAAAGGACAUAGUAAAAAGAUGUGCUGUGGCUUGAUAACAAUUGUCUAGUACUGUCUCUGUGAAUAUGCAUUAUUAUUGACCAGCCUUUUAAAAGUUAUUUAUAAAAUAUGUCAGUGUUUAUUAUUGACGGGCCACAACAAUCUGUUCACCCAUAAUGUCUCGUCACAUUUGUCUUUAGCACUUCUGUAUAAAUCAGAUAUUGAUAUAAGCUGCAAUUAGUUGAAUUAGUUAAUAUCUGGGAUGUAGUAAUAGCUUUGUUUAGAAGCUGUGAAAACACAGGGCACUUUAUACUUUAAUUUAUGCAACAAAAACUUCAUCCAACACACUGGGUGAUGAAAAUAUACAAUUGUAUGUUUAAAAAUAAAUUCACGUUUUUGCUCAA